AUGAACUUGCCUAAACCAAUUACGAUAUUGAAUAACAUUCGAAGAUUUAAAAAUAUCAACAGAUGCCCACUUCAAUAUGUUUGGCCAGAAAAUCGAAGAUCAGUGGUUUUAAUCUUGUUAUUUAUUGAUCAAAAUUCGAAAUUACGAGUGUUGUUGACAAAAAGAUCGAGAAAAUUAAGGGCGUUUGCUGGACAUGUUUCAUUCCCUGGUGGUAAAGCUGAUAAUAAAUGGGAAACUUUUGAAGAGAUUGCUAGAAGAGAAGCUGAAGAAGAAAUAGGUUUACCUAGAAAUAAUGAUAUUUUAAGAGGAGAAUAUGGAUUAGAGAUUGAAACAAUCAGCGAUCAAAUCCCUUGCUAUCUCUCACAUUCGUUAUUGAGUGUGAAACCAAUGGUUUGCUUUUUAUAUAACACUCAGGGGAAAUUGGGAAAUGAAGGGGUCACAAGGAAAUACGAAGAACCUUUAAAUAUUAAUAAAUUUUUUGGUAAAUUGAACCCUGGUGAAACAUCUUCAUUGUUUUCUAUACCAUUGUUGGAUCCAAUUACAAGUAAUAAUGGGUUACGUGAGAAAUUAAAUAAUUAUCAAGUGGAAUAUUUUAGGAAAAGAAGAUAUUUUGCCAAUUGGGGUGGAUUGAAAUGGGAUGUGAAACAUUUUUAUUAUGACAAGAUGAAUAGUAAUGAAACAUCAUGGUUGGAACAAAUAGAUGAUUUGAGUGGGACCAGUGGAGAGAGUGGGAGUGAACUUGAAAAUGGGAGCGGGUGUGAAGGACCCCAGCUGAAAAGAGAUGUGUGGGGAUUGACUGCACGUAUAUUAUAUGAUCUUGGUGGUAUUGGGAUCAAUUUAGAAACACAACGAAUUCCAUUACAAUCUGUAAACCGAAUAAUUGGUAAUGAAGAUCUGAUUGAAGGAUUAUGGAAAAGUGGAGCCAGUAUGAUCAAUAAAGAACGGAAUGCUUGGGAAAAGCAAUUGAUUGAUGGGGGCAGUUUCUUCAAAGAGUAUGUGGAGAAUCAAUAUUUAAGUAGAUAUCGCAAUGCAAAGGCAAGUAUUUUAUUUUUUUUUUUUUCUUGA